AUUGACGUUGAAGAAGAAAAAGAACACAAGAUCGGAUUACAAGAUGGCGGUCUGUGGACGUUAGCAAAGAGGCCGUCGGAGUUGUUGUGUUCUCUGUGAAUUUUACUGUUUGAUAUUUGGCCUUCCGUAGAAUUGGUAUACAUUCGGGACGUAACAUGUUUGUGUAGUAGCAGUUACAUUUUCUUCUUAAUGCUAUCGUGAAGUAGACUCAGACGUAUGUGUGGAACAUGCGGGUAGAAACAAAGUUAACAGCUCGAGGAUAGGAAAACACCAGACAGUGUGAGGUGAUAGCUUGUUAGCAGCUAGCUAGCCUGCUAGCUCCGACUCGGUUAACCAUGUCGGACACUCGGCGGCGAGUCAAAGUAUAUACGCUGAACGAAGACCGACAGUGGGACGACCGGGGUACUGGGCACGUCUCGUCCAAGGGGAUAUCAUUAUUAGUUCGGGCCGAAUCGGACGGUUCACUGCUAUUGGAGUCGAAGAUCAGUCCAAAUACCGCAUAUCAGAAACAACAAGACACACUGAUUGUCUGGUCAGAAGCAGAAAAUUAUGACCUGGCUCUAAGUUUUCAGGAAAAGGCUGGCUGUGAUGAGAUCUGGGAGAAGAUUUGCCAGGUGCAGGGGAAGGACCCUGCGUUGGAGAUCACCCAGGAUCCCAUCGAUGAGUCAGAGGAGGAGCGCAUUGAGGAGAUGCCCGAGACAAGCCAUCUGGUGGAGCUGCCUGCCUGUGAGCUGAGCCGCCUGGAGGAGAUUGCCGACCUGGUCACCUCUGUCCUCUCUUCACCCAUCCGCAGGGAAAAACUUGCUCUGGCCCUUAUGAGUGAGGGCUACAUCAAAAAGCUCCUGGGUCUCUUCCAGGUAUGCGAGGACCUGGACAACAGGGAAGGCCUGCACCAUCUGUAUGAGAUUGUCCGGGGCGUCUUGUUCCUCAAUAAAGCAGCCCUGUUUGAGGUGAUGUUCUCUGACGACUGUAUCAUGGAUGUGGUGGGCUGCCUGGAGUACGAUCCUGCACUGGUCCAGCCUAAACGACACCGGGAAUUCCUUACCAAGACAGCCAAGUUUAAGGAGGUGAUCCCUAUCACAGACUCGGAGCUGCGGCAGAAGAUCCACCAGACCUACCGGGUGCAGUACAUCCAGGACAUCAUCCUGCCCACACCGUCCGUCUUUGAGGAGAACUUCCUUUCCACACUCACCUCCUUCAUUUUCUUCAACAAGGUGGAGAUUGUCAGCAUGCUGCAGGAGGACGAGAAGUUCCUAACAGAGGUCUUCGCGCAGCUCACAGAUGAAGCUACGGAGGACAGUAAAAGGAGAGAGCUUGUGAACUUUUUCAAAGAAUUCUGUGCUUUUUCACAAACGUUGCAACCGCAAAACAGGGACGCGUUCUUCAAAACGCUGGCAAACCUAGGCAUUCUACCUGCUCUGGAAAUUGUUAUGGGAAUGGAUGACCUGCAGGUGAGGGCAGCAGCUACAGACAUCUUCUCUUACCUGGUGGAGUUCAGCCCGUCCAUGGUCAGGGAGUUUGUCAUGCAGGAACCACAACAGACCGAUGACGAUGUCCUGUUGAUCAACGUGGUGAUAAAGCAGAUGAUUUGUGACUCAGACCCUGAGUUAGGAGGAGCUGUCCAGCUCAUGGGCCUGCUCAGGACACUCAUUGACCCCGAGAACAUGCUGGCUCCCACCAAUAAAACAGAGAAGACAGAAUUUCUGAGUUUCUUCUACAAGUACUGCAUGCAUGUCCUGACUGCCCCGUUACUGGCCAACACUGCCCAUGACAAGAAUUCUAAAGAUCUGCAAGAGGGCUCAACUAAGAUCAACCCAGUGUGUCCAGACAACUUCCAGACAGCCCAGCUACUGGCAUUGAUCCUGGAGCUGCUGACCUUCUGUGUGGAGCACCACACCUAUCACAUCAAGACCUACAUCAUGAACAAAGACCUGCUCAGGAGAGUGCUGGUGCUCAUGAACUCAAAACACACCUUCCUUGCUCUUUGUGCCCUGCGUUUCAUGCGCAGAAUCAUAGGUCUGAAAGAUGAGUACUACAACCGCUACAUCAUCAAAGGGAACCUCUUUGAACCUGUAAUCAAUGCCCUGCUAGACAACGGCACUCGAUACAACCUCCUCAACUCAGCCAUCAUAGAGCUUUUUGAGUUCAUUAAAGUAGAGGACAUCAAGUCUCUUAUAGCUCACAUUGUGGACAACUUCUACAAAGCACUUGAAUCCAUCGAGUACGUCCAGACCUUCAAGGGCCUGAAAGGACGGUACGAGCAGGAGAAGGACAGACAGAGUCAGAGGCUCAACAGGUAUCGUCGGGAUGCACGGUCAUUGGAUGAGGAUGAGGAGAUGUGGUUCAAUGAUGAUGAAGAUGAUGAUGAUGGAGAGACCGUGGAGAAGAACCGGAUGGAGGAUGACUUCUCUGACAGCUAUGGAAAGUACAUGGAGGCCAAAAAAGGAGCUGCCAAUGGAGCAAACGGUGCCAAUAACAAUGGGAAGGCUGCUGCAAUCCCACCUGCCUUGCCAGCCGUCACUCCACACAGCAACACUUCAACUUCCUCAGUCAAGACAGCUGCUCUGCCUGCCACGCCAGUAGUCAAGACUGGUCUUGUGGGACUGGUGGACUAUCCUGAUGAUGAAGACGAAGAGGAAGAAGAUGAGGAGGAAGAGCAGUCUCCAAGGAAGCGGCCCCGCCUGGGAUCUUAAAAGCAUCCUCUCCUCCGAUUGGUCAUUGCGGAUGGACGCAGAGUCCCUCCCUUCCUCCCUCCUCUGGUUGUCUCAUUGGUUCUUGGCCUGCCUGUGCCACCUGUCAGUUACUGUCCCUGUCUCACUGAGGAGGCGGAGACCAGCUCCCACUUCAUUCCCGCUCUCUCUCUCUGCUCCUUUCUCCUCCCUCAGUGGAAAGAGAUGGAGACCUUUUCUCCUCUCCCACUGGGAAGAAAGACAGACCUAUCUGCUCCCUCAACCUUUCGACUUCACCUCUUCCUUCUGGCGUUCUGCUCAACAGCCUUCCCUGGGAAAGCUUGUUCUUUCUCUCCCCAAAGAGGAAAAACACCGACCCCUACUUGACUCAUUCCUCCCUCCUCCCUAUGCUCUCCUUGUUCUAAACCUUCUCUGACAAACCUUCUCCUCCUCAACCACCUGGCUACUUGUGGACCAGAGAGGCUGCAGUGCUCACGAAAAACAGUGCCAAGGCAGUUCCCAGUACUGCCCUGUUGCUAUAGCAACAGUAGCUAGGAGGCUGCGGCACUACAAGAUCCUACACCUCAGACAUCCUCCUUUGAACUCUCCCGUCCUGUCCCCUGUAUACCCAAACCAAUGCAGACAGAGGAGGAAGUCAGAACACAACCAGCCAGUGUAUGAACUCUCCAGCAAGCCAGUCAGGCUAGCAGGACUAGCCGUCAUAGUUGUAGGAAGCUUGACUGGCUGAACCAGUGUGUGCUACUCUGCCACAGAACUGUUCAUUUUUGUCAGGAACGGAGGGAUCUAGGCAAGAUAGAUGAAUUAAUGAAAAAUGUUGAGUGACAAGGGAGGUAACGAAUGACAAAACGUACCAGAAAGAAACCUCAGCAGUCAUUAUGAGACUUAGUUUCAGAGGAGCAGGACUCGACCGUCAAGAGCCAGGGCAUCAGUUUGGUCGAGGCACACACAAAACACAACUCACAUGCUUUCACACAGGACUGUGUUAGCCAGAAAUCCUGUAUUAAAUGACUUUGUUAAAAAGUACUGUACAGAUGUUUUUUUUUUCUUUUUCUUUUUAAUCGUUUGCCCCAGAUCUGAUUUUAAAAGGGGAGAGAUAUACCUACCUACCUGUGUAUUUUUUUGUUGUUGUUGCACAAAAAGGUGGGGUCACUGUUCACCCUUUUGAUCCAAUUCAUUUGAUUCAUUGUAAAAUGCAAAGAAGUUACAAAUGCUGGUUUUAAAAAUAACAUGUAUUAAAACUGCAGUAAAGUCAUUUUUGCAGCCAACCUUUUGA